GGGGUUCUUGCGUUUUCUCAAGCACCCUGUCUAGGUUUCUGUUCUGCAGCUCCGCAGGCUGAUUAAGGGACGCUUUCCAAACCACAGGGCUCUUCUUUGUUAGUCUGCUGCACUCUUUCAUUGUUUGCAGUAUCCUCUCAUUUCAAUCUAUGUUCAAUCUGCCUCACAUUUCUUUAGCUUUCUAAAAUUCUGUAGACUUUCUCCACUCAAUCUUUUCUAGCCUUAUUUUUAUUUUUUUAAAUUCGCCUUUUAUCACCACACAAACUAGUCAUUUCCUUUUCUCUUCUGUAGUCUUCAAUUUUCCUGAAUAUCUGUGAAUAGCCUUGAUCUUAAGCAGUCAAACUUAUUACAACUAGGUACUCUUCAUUUUUAUUUGGUAUUUAAUUCUGUUUCUUAUGACAAAGGAAGAAAUGUACGUGACAGCCUUUUACAAACCAGAAAGCACUAUACAAUCGUAUAACUUAUCGAGAUUAACAAAGGACCACUGUGCCUCUUUUCACGCUUUCUGCUCCUUCUGAGCUAAAAGAACUUCUCCAUAGAGAAAGGAAAUACUGAAGAAAAAUAAAGCAAUGGGGGUUGUCUCUUAGCAACUGAGUUCGUGUCUUAUAAAUCUUACCUACUUUAGAUUAUUGCUGCUCAAAAUCAUUUGCUUUUCUUACUGGCUCAGUACAAAUAAAUGUUAUUAAAUUAUAGGAAAACAAAGGAGAAAAAUCUAACAAAUGAGUUAUUCAGUUCAUUGAUUGUGCAUAGCACAAUAUAGUUGGGUUGUCUCUCUCUUGAUUCUAAAACCUUUUGAAUAUAUCUUUUGUUGCAACUCAGAUUUUAAGUAGAAGCUAAAUACCACCUUAUACAUUUCUAGGUUACCUGAGUCGUGAAACAACAUGGGUCAUAGAAGUAGUACAUAAUAUAUGCUAUAUAUAAAUCAACAUAUAUUUAUUUACAUAAUACAUACUGUAAAUAAAUAUGAAUCAAGUUGUGCAUAGCUGAAAAUGAGAAAACCAGAUUGAGGGAUGAAGUUAUUUGUAUUAUAAAGUAAUUAAUUAUAAGGAUUUUUCAGAUAGUAAAUCUUAUGAGUGUAUUUCAUUUAGCAAAUAUUUUUGAGUGCCUCCUACAUUGGACAGUGGAAAGGAUAAAGGUAUUCUGUGGGGUGUGUGUGAGUAAUCUUGGGCUUUUAAUAUAAUAAGAUAGAUAAGAGUGGCACACAACUAAAGCAGUGUAAUGACAAAUGCCUUGUGGGUGGUAUGCUGAGUGCGGUAGAAAUUCAGAGGAGGGAAAGGUCACUUCCACCUGGGUGAGCUAUUAUGAUUACAUGGACAAGGUGGCAUGUUAGAGAACCAAAGACUAACAGAGUUUGUCAAGUUCAGUAAUUAGGGCAAGAUUGAAGAAGGAGGUAAGAUGGCGCCUUCAGCGCUAGAGCAAGGAGUUUAAACUUUCGUUGGUGAGCAGGGGGAGCCACCAGGUUUUUGUUUUUUUUUUUUAGUCUAAGUCUUAUCUAGGAACAUUUAUCUGGCAGUAAUGUGUAAUUUGUUUUUGUUUUUUUAAUUGGUUCGCUGAUAGUCUUUUUUUUUGGUGGAUGGUUUAUGUAUGUAUUUAUUUAUUUUUGAGAUUUCUAGUUGAGCUUCUGCUAUUGCUAGUAUUUUUUUUUCAUUAAGGCAUUAUUGAUACACAAUCUUAUGAAGGUUUCACAUGAGUAGAAUGGUAGUUUCAGCAUUCACCUGUAUUACACUGACAGUUUUUUAAACUCCCUUUAUAUAAAAAAAAAAUGCAUUUACAAGUGAGUUAAUUAUAGAAUUGAUUCAUUUCUAGUCUUGUUAAAAUAUUUUCAGAUAAAAUUAGAUCCAGUAAGAUAAGCUGCUUAGUUAAGAUACAAACAGUAUAUAAAAUGGAGUAAAAUACUACUUUUCAUACUUUCCAAAAUCAUUUUUAGGGAUUUUUGUGUUGAUUAGUCAGCCAUCCUAAUGUCUCAUUUCUCCAGUUGAAACAAUGCAGAAAAUCCUCCAUUUUCUAUUCUCCCUCUAUUUGGAAACAGUGAAAGUCUGUAAUGAAGAGAGCAUCUUGUGUCAAUAGCCCUCUUAGAUUUCUUCUUAAUUUUGCCAAAUGUUUGUAUACUGCCACAAAGGACUGUUUCCCUGUCUUCUCCUUUAGUGGGAAAAAUCAAGUAAAUAGUAGGAGUGGCAGCCUACCUCCCAGGAUUGUUGUGAGGCUCUGCUGAUGGAAAGGUAACAGUAUGACUAAAUACAUAGAGAAGCUAGAAGAGAUCAAAAAAAAUUAUAGGUACAAAAAAGAUGAGCUUUUCAAGAGACUAAAAGUUACAACUUUUGCCCAGCUGGUCAUCCAAGUUGCUUCCCUAUCUGAUCAAGCACUGGAAAUGACAGUUGAGGAGAUUCAACGGCUAGAAGACAAUGCUUCUUCAACUUCAUACCCUGAUGCUGAAAUCACUGCCAGUACCAAUGGGAAAGGGAGCCCUGGGGGGCAGUCACCCAGCCCCGUGCAAUUCAUGAAUAGUGUGGGAGCAGGGGACUCCAGUCGCUCAACUCUUCAGAGCGUCAUCAGCGGUGUUGGGGAACUGGAUCUAGACAAAGGGCUAGUGAAGAAGGCUGAGCCGGACACCAAAGACAAACCAUAUCCCGACUGCCCCUUCCUGCUGCUAGAUGUGCGAGACAGAGACUCCUACCAGCAGUGCCACAUUGUCGGAGCUUACAGUUAUCCAGUUGCAACUCUGUCUAGAACAAUGAACCCUUAUUCAAAUGAUAUUCUUGAAUAUAAAAAUGCCCACGGCAAGAUCAUCAUUCUGUACGACGACGAUGAGAGACUGGCCAGCCAGGCGGCCACCACCAUGUGCGAGCGGGGAUUUGAAAACCUCUUCAUGCUCUCCGGAGGUCUGAAAGUCUUAUCUCAGAAAUUCCCGGAAGGACUGAUUACAGGUUCCCUGCCAGCAUCUUGCCAGCAGGCCCUUCCUCCUGGUUCUGCCCGGAAACGAUCCAGCCCCAAAGUGCCACCCUCACCAGCUGAGAAUAAAUGGAGAUUUACCCCAGAAGACUUAAAAAAGAUAGAAUAUUACCUGGAAGAGGAUCAGGGGCCUACAGACAAUCCUAGCCGGCUGAGCCAGGCUAACGCCUGUGGAAGAGCCUCCAAGGUUCCAGGGGCACACAGCGGAUCACAUCUGCCCGCCGGGGGUCCCGGCGGCCCCGCGAACGCCCAUGCCCUGGGCAGUGGCCGCCUGCAAGGCAAGCCCUGGAAGUAACGACUUUGUCAGCCUUAGACAAAUAAAUGUGUUUCCGCCUUUCGGAACCUCUGAGCAGUUCCCACACUGGUCAUUUUCAGGAACUGCUGCAGAGGCAAGCCCAAGACCUGCGUGAUAGGCCCUCUUCCUGUCUCCAGCGCCUCUUGCACACCACUCGGCAAGGAGUUUUACAAAAACCAGAGGCAUGACAGGCUCUAGCGCCCUCCCUAUUGUUUACAGAAUAUUUAAGUCUCUGAAACUGAGUAGGCAAAAAAGAGUCUAAUUUUUGUAGGCUGUUUUUUUUUUUAAACAAAGUUCAGCUUGUUUUGUUCUAUAUCCUGCGUUGUUGUGUAAAUACUUCAGUCACAUCUGGUGUGUUCUUCCCAACCAGCUCUUUUUCACUCGCUGUUCCUGGUUCACGAAGGUUCUCCAGGUGGGCUCUGCAGCCCCGGGCUUCCGACGAGUCCUAGCCUUCAGCCGUCCCCAGCCCCCACCAGGUGUGGGCCCUCUGGCCGAGGAGCUCUUCUCCCAGCACCCACUGCAGGCUCUGUUGGGAGUUUGGAGACUGGUACCUUGAGCACAGCUCAAUUUUGCUGCUUUGUAGAGCAGCUCUCACACCUCCCGAUUCUCACACUUGCCUCUCCUCACUAGAUGUUUUCUGGAGGCAGCAUCUGCCGUGAUGUGUGCUCAGCUGCCUUCACACAGGGCCGAGGGCCCCUCCCAGGAAAGCCCUGUCCAUUGUAGAGCCCCGGGCUAAGAGCCACUGAAGCCGCUGGAGCUGUCCCUCACUUAUAGUUGGUUUGUCAAUUGUAAAUUCCCAUUACCCAUCUCCUCCGUUUUUCCGAGAUGGGUAGAAAUUAUGGCCACUUGAAAACAUCGGCUUCAACUGGGCAGCUGCAUGCACACGGGUGAGGACGACUCCAGGGUCCUUUGUCAGAGCUCUGGCUUAAAAAUACAGUAUUAGUCUAAUUGAGUAAUUAGGGCAAUUUCCUGCUUACUUUUCAUUCUCAUGACUGAGCUGUGAUUAGGAGGUUGUGAUUAUAGAUUCUGGUUUGGGCCAGAAUUUUGAAUCAGCAUUAAUUGAAUUGCUAGAUGACUGACAUUCAUUCCAUUUAAUUGGGUGAACAAAAGACCUCAGGUAAGGAUGAGGAGCUCUGAAAUCAUCAGGAAAAGGAAAAAAGCCCUGUUAAUUUUUACGGUCAGUGAUCUGUAGCUGUGAUAAGGGCUAAGGAAUAAAUUGUGCUCUUUGUCAUGGCAACCGGCUUCAGAAAAGCCAACUGAAAAUUGCCUGUCCUUAGGUGGUCACCGCUGCUGCCGCAGGGUAAGAGUUGCCGUAAAAGGACUAUUUUCUCGCCACCAAAAAAAAGAAAAGUACCACAGUAUUUCUAGCAUGGGGACUGUGUUUGUAAGAGAAAUAAAGGUAGUAAAUGUCUCAUAGAGACAUAUGGAAAAAUAACUUUCAGAUUCAGCCUAGCUCUGUUUCAGUGUGUUUAUUCUCCUCUACUUGAUUUCCAAAGUGCAACAUAUUCCAAUGCUUUAGAAAUCAAACAAACCAGGGACAUUGUUCAGAUGUCAAGCCGUGCCCAGUUCUCCACAAGAUUCAAGAAUCUUGUAUAAAAUCCGGCCAAUGUACACAUAGCUUUAAUGAGGAGCCUGUCAUGUUUCCCCAUAAAUUUAUUGCCUGAGAACUUAGUUCAGCUUUUUGCUGAUGCCAAAAUGCUCUGGCUUUUUAUUUUCUUUACAGCAUAGAUUUUUUUCUUGGUGCAAAUUUUUCCACACUCAACUUUCCCCUAGCAUGGACAAGAUUUCAGCCAUUUUUGACACAUACACAUUUUUAAGAAAAAAAAUGUCUUUCUUAACAAAGUUCUGGUUAUGCCAUUUUCAAGUUGACUGGUCAGGAGUUCAGAUUUCUCCUCUCCAUUCUUUUUUUGAAAGUAAAUGGUAGUCCCCCUUUAUUCUAUUCUACAUUGUCAUCACCAAACAACACCAGUGGAAAGUCAGUUUAGUAGACAUGUUAGAAGUGAAGUGCUGUGCAUUUAUUUGGCUGAGAGAUCUGACAGGUUGAAUUUACAUAUGUUUCUCCAUAGUGCUGUGCCCUGUUGGUAAGAAUUUUAAAUAAUUACUCUUCAAAGACCUGUUCUGAUUCUGCACUUUGUGCAUUAAAUGUCCCACUCAGUUUUUAUAUGCUCAAGGUAUUGCUUUGAAUGUUCUACCUUACUAGUUUCUUCAUUAGACUAAUUGACAUGUAUUAUUUAAGUGAUUGAGAUACUCUGUGCAAUUAUGAGUGUUGAAAAUUAAAAUACAUAGUUAUUA